GCUGGAGACUAGUGGUGAAAAAAUAGCUUCCGCAGUUCCGUCAGCUGGCGAGGUUAAAUGUUUUGUAAGUGUACACUACAGUCUGUGACUGGCAUGUUGAAGGUUUGUUUCUGUUGUCUUCCGCAAGAGUAACGAGGGAACUACGCUAGCGCCGCUCCUCUGGUCCUUUGAUAACAGGCGCAACAUGAGUCUGAACGAGCAUUCACUGCAAGCCCUGUCCUGGAGAAAGCUGUACCUGAGUCGAGCUAAACUCAAGGCUUCUAGCCGGACAUCAGCCCUGCUUUCUGGAUUUGCUAUGGUGGCCAUGGUAGAAGUGCAGCUGGACAACAGCUAUCCUUACCCACCGGCUCUCCUUAUUGCCUUCAGUGCUUGCACCACUGUGCUUGUGGCUGUUCAUCUGUUCGCUCUGAUGGUCAGUACCUGCAUUUUGCCCAAUAUAGAGGCUGUCAGCAAUGUCCACAACCUCAACUCUGUGAAGGAGUCUCCACAUGAGCGAAUGCACCGACACAUUGAACUGGCUUGGGCUUUUUCUACAGUCAUUGGUACUUUGCUCUUCCUAGCCGAGGUAGUUCUGCUCUGCUGGGUCAAAUUUUUGCCUAUAAAGCCCAACAAGUCCAGCAAUAAUACAGUUUCAGCUGGUGUGGCUGCUGCUAUUACUUCCACCUCUAUUAUGGUCCCCUUUGGUUUAGUCUUCAUAGUCUUUGCUGUGCACUUCUAUCGCUCCUUGGUCAGCCACAAGACUGACAGACAGUUUCAGGAGCUGGAGGAGCUUUCCAAUCUCACUCGACUACAGAAUGAGCUGGACAACAGAGGGGAAUCUUCCAUCUUGCAGUCUCCAAGCUCGCAUUUCCCAUAGAGAAGUAUGGCGAAUACACAUUUAUGGUGGAACUUUGAGUCCUUGGGAUUUCUCCAGACCAGAAGCUACAUUAUUGGCUUCUUUUUUCUCUCGCUCUUUUUUUUUUUUUUUUACAAGAAUGAUGUCACCUCUUUGUUGUGAAAUUUACUUUUGUGGAAGGAAUUUGUAUUUUUUCAAAAACAUGUCUGAUCAACUGUGAACUCACAGACCUGCCAUAGUGCAUGUAACUUGAAAUUGGAAAGUCUUAACUGUGCUAGUUGCUUGAUUUACCUCUUACAUUAUGGUAGAGACAUCUGAACGAUAACUUGGAAUCCUGUCUCAUGCCUGCUGCACUGAGUUAGUCAUCUGUCAGUGAACACUGGUAAUAUAUAUGGUAAUAUAUAUUACAUUGUUGCUUUGUAAACCACAAGUAUUUAACCCUCCUUAUUCACUGUGUACAUGAUUUUGUGUAAUGUCCACCAUUUGCAAUUGUAAUGCCUGCUGUUUGCAUAGACUGACUCAACAGCUGCCAAACUACAGUAUUAUUAGAACAUAUUAUCUGGCAUCUGUAGCA